AUGCAAAAAGAAACGAAGAAGAAUGGUCAGAAAGUGUUGUUCUACAUCCAUCAGUGUGUGGAUAUGAAUUUGUUUAAGAAGAUCUCUAAAUCGACGACGGUGAAGGCUGCGUUGGACACACUAGUACGGUGCUAUAGUGGUUACACAUCAAGGAAGAAGGUGAAGCUACAGAGAUUACGUAAGCAUUGUGAGAAUCUCAACAUGAAGAACAAUGACAAGGUACCAAAUUACAUUUCUAGAGUGAUUCUGAUCACAAAUGAGAUGAAAUCUUAUGGAGAAACUCUUUCUAAACAAAUAAUCAUUGAGAAUGUAUUGAGAUAUCUCACUCCUCAAUUUGAUUACAUUAUUGAAGCUAUUGAACAUUCUAAGGAUCUGAGCACCAUGAGUAUUGAAGAGCUGCAAAAUAGUCUAGAAGCACAAGAGUUGCGUCUAAUUGAGAGAACCUCUAUGAGAGAGGUAAAGCAGGCUCUAAAAGCUUAUUUUGUCAAGAAGGACCAGAAGUUGUCCUGGUCAGAAGCCAAGAAGAGACAUGUUGGUUCUCAGAAGUCAGAAGCCUCCUACUCUGAUAGGAAGAAACAUCAGAAGGGAAAUGAGAAGCUUGACAAGAGAAUGGUUCGGUAUAACUGUUGUAAUAGGUUUGUCCAAUUUGCUAAGGAUUGUUGGUCAAAUAAGGAAAGGAAGUCAGAAGAAGCAAACAUAGUCAGAGGAGAUUAUGAUGAGGAACUUGUGCUAUUGAUGGCUUAUGAAUCUGAUAAGGAACCUGUGCGAUUAAUGUUUUCUGAUUUUGAAGGAGACUUUUAA